AUGUCGCAUAAUCGUUACCUGUCAUGGUCCUCGGAUGUGCUGACCAUGGCGCCCGCCUACCCUCCUGCCGGCGCGCCUGUCGACUACCCUUCACCUGUGUCACGUCGGGCUUCGGAGUGUUUCUCCGAAGCUCCAGGCAGUCGGAGAGGUAGUUCGGCUUUCGUGCCGGACAUGGAGAGUAAAGGGCAUUGGCAAUCUAUAGGCAGCAACUCAGACUCCAAGAGUCCGUUGGCAAACUUUACUUUUUUCAAGAACCUGACCGAAAAGAAGACGACGCGAGAUGGGCAACCAGCGAAGAGAAGAGGGCCCAAACCUGACAGCAAGCCGGCCUUGACUCGCCGGCAGGAGCUGAAUCGUCAGGCGCAGAGGACGCACCGAGAGCGAAAGGAAAUGUACAUCAAAGCUCUCGAACAGGAAGUCCUCCGCAUCAAAGAGUCCUUCACCAAUGUCUCCAAGGAACGUGACGCUUUCGCAGAAGAAAAUCGCCGCUUGAAAGAGCUACUGAUGGCCCACGGCAUCACAUUUGACAACCUGAGUCCAGUAAAUGGUCUUCAAGGAUUUAACAGCUCUUAUGGCGGUAGCUCAUCUGGCAGCGUCUCCGGCGGCUACGGCACAGGCACGAACUCAACGGGUUACACAUCGCCACCCACAGUCGGCCACGGCCAUCGAGGAUCCGUCUCCCAAGACAUGAACAUUUCCAUGAACCAGCCGCAACAAAUUCCCCAGAUGAACAGCGGGCUGGACUACGAUCAGAUUGGGAUAGACUUCGUCUUAACGUACGACCACCGCACGCCUUAUCUUUCUCCUCCACCCCAGCAAUAA